CGCCGCGGCGUCUCCAUGGCACGACCCUGGCCUCCGAUUUCAACGACUUCAUAAGGAGGCGUUUCUGGGCGCAGCCGUGUCGCUCCUGGACAAUUGCUGUGCGACUUGGACAGUGGAGGAGCGCCUCCCACGUUUUCAUCCACCUGCCCCAAAGCUUCCACCCUCUUCCCCUCAAAGAGGACGUUUGAUGCCGAGCCCCUGAAAUUCUCAUUGACAAGCCCCUCUGGGUUCCCCCUGAGCAGAGCCUGCUGACCCAAUUGCCCACCUUUGCGCUUUGAUGCCUAGCCAUGUCUGCCUCAUCCUCAGGCGGCUCCCCCAGGUUUCCAACGUGUGGGAAGAACGGAGUCACGAGUCUGACGCAGAAAAAGGUCUUGCGAACACCUUGUGGAGCGCCCAGUGUAACUGUGACGAAAUCUCAUAAGCGCGGAAUGAAAGGGGACACCGUGAAUGUGCGGCGGAGUGUCCGGGUGAAAACCAAGGUACCUUGGAUGCCCCCUGGAAAGUCACCUGCCCGGCAUGUGGGAUACAAGUGGGAGAAUCCACCUCAUUGCCUGGAAAUCACGCCACCAUCUUCAGAAAAACUGGUCUCAGUGAUGCGCUUAAGCGACCUCUCAACAGAAGAUGACGACUCUGGUCACUGUAAAAUUAACCGUUAUGAUCAGAAAAUUGACAGUCUAAUGAACGCGGUUGGUUGUCUCAAGUCUGAGGUCAAGAUGCAGAAGGGCGAGCGCCAGAUGGCCAAGCGGUUCCUGGAGGAGCGGAAGGAAGAACUAGAAGAGGUGGCCCACGAGCUGGCUGAGACUGAGCACGAGAACACAGUGCUCCGGCAUAACAUCGAGCGCAUCAAGGAGGAGAAGGACUACACCGUGCUUCAGAAGAAACACCUCCAGCAGGAGAAGGAGUGCCUCAUGUCCAAACUGGUCGAGGCCGAGAUGGACGGCGCUGCUGCAGCCAAGCAGGUCAUGGCCUUGAAGGAUACCAUCGGAAAGCUGAAAACGGAGAAACAGAUGACUUGCACGGACAUCAACACCUUGACGAGGCAGAAGGAGCUUCUCCUGCAGAAGCUGAGCACCUUUGAGGAGACCAACCGCACCCUCCGGGACCUGCUAAGGGAACAGCAUUGCAAAGAGGAUUCCGACAGGCUGAUGGAGCAACAAGGAGCACUGCUGAAACGGCUGGCAGAAGCAGACUCAGAGAAAGCGCGCCUGCUGCUACUCCUGCAAGACAAGGACAAAGAGCUCGAGGAGCUGCUGCAGGAGAUCCAGUGUGAGAAGGCUCAAGCAAAGUCCGCAUCUGAGCUUUCCAAGUCCAUGGAGUCCAUGCGGGGGCAUCUGCAGGCUCAGCUUCGGUGCAAAGAGGCGGAGAACAGUCGCCUGUGUAUGCAGAUCAAGAACCUGGAGCGCAGCGGGAACCAGCACAAGGCAGAAGUAGAGGCCAUCAUGGAGCAGCUGAAGGAACUGAAGCAGAAGGGCGACCGCGACAAAGAGACCUUGAAGAAGGCCAUCCGAGCCCAGAAGGAGCGAGCUGAGAAGAGCGAGGAGUACGCCGAGCACCUGCACGUGCAGCUUGCUGACAAGGAUCUCUAUGUUGCUGAAGCUUUGUCUACUCUGGAAUCAUGGCGGACUCGCUACAACCAAGUUGUGAAAGACAAAGGAGACCUUGAGCUGGAAAUCAUCGUCCUGAACGACCGGGUGACAGAUCUGGUAAACCAACAACAAACCCUGGAGGAGAAGAUGCGCGAAGAUCGGGACAGCCUGGUGGAGAGACUACACCGGCAGACAGCUGAGUAUUCUGCAUUCAAGCUGGAGAAUGAGAGGCUGAAGGCUAGCUUCGCCCCAAUGGAGGAUAAACUCAAUCAGGCGCACCUCGAGGUCCAACAGUUGAAGGCAUCAGUUAAGAACUAUGAGGGGAUGAUUGACAACUAUAAGAGCCAGGUGAUGAAGACUAGAUUAGAAGCUGAUGAAGUGGCUGCCCAGCUGGAACGCUGCGACAAAGAGAAUAAGAUCCUUAAGGAUGAGAUGAACAAAGAGAUUGAAGCGGCACGUCGGCAGUUCCAGUCCCAGCUGGCUGACCUCCAGCAGCUUCCUGACAUCCUCAAGAUCACAGAGGCUAAGCUGGCAGAGUGCCAGGACCAGCUGCAGGGCUAUGAGAGGAAGAACAUUGACCUCACCGCCAUCAUAUCAGACCUGCGCAGCCGGAUCGAACACCAGGGCGACAAGCUGGAGAUGGCGAGAGAGAAACAGCAGGCUUCCCAGAAGCAAAAUAAACAGCUGAGUCUGAAGGUGGAUGAACUGGAGAGGAAACUGGAGGCGACCAGUGCCCAGAACAUCGAGUUCCUACAGGUGAUUGCCAAGAGGGAGGAGGCAAUCCACCAGUCCCAGCUGCGGCUGGAGGAGAAGACCCGGGAAUGUGGGACCCUGGCAAGGCAGUUGGAGAGUGCCAUUGAAGACACCAGGAGGCAGGUGGAGCAAACGAAGGAGCACGCAGUCUCCAAGGAGCGAGCGGCCCAGAACAAAAUCUUGGACCUGGAGACCCAGCUGAGCAGAACCAAAACAGAACUCACCCAGCUACGACGGAGCCGGGAUGAUGCAGACCGCCGUUACCAGAGCCGCCUGCAGGACCUGAAAGAUCGCCUGGAGCAGUCAGAGAGCACCAAUCGAAGCAUGCAGAACUAUGUCCAGUUCCUGAAGUCGUCCUACGCCAAUGUGUUUGGCGAUGGUCCCUAUACCACCUACCUGACCAGUUCUCCCAUCCGUUCCAGGUCUCCUCCUGCCUGAGGCUACCCAUCUUGAGCCAGGAGGCCCGAUUGUUGCCAUGGAAACUGUGGGGUUGCCAACCCAUACUGAGACAGCCUAUUGGUUUUCCUCUCCUUUCCAGUAGUGAAAUGUGCCCAGGGUUUUGUCCUGAGCUGCUGGCUCCAGAACAGUCCCUAACGUGGCUGGGGAGUGCAGUGGUUUUUCAGGAGCCCGGUUGGAUCUUUCUUCCCUGAGAUAGUUGCCUGAUGGAAAUGUUUAAAUUCCUUUGGCAGGCUGUUUUCAACUAAUGACCCUAUGGUACCAGAUUUUAACUCACUAGGACCUUACUCAUUCCUUUCCUCCAGAGAAUGCUUGGACUGAGCCUAUUCCUCUAGGCCCCUUCUAGCCCUUCUCUGAGUCAUUUCCCUCUGGGGUUUUCUCUGAUGCGAAUCAGCAGGAGCUGUUGCCUAGAGGUCUGCCUUCCUCCUAGACCCCCUCACCCCACCACCCCACCCCUCCUGGACUUGCAAGCACCUGCAAGUGCUAUAUUUUUCAUUUCGUGCGUGUUGUGUCUUGCCCAGAGUUCCUUUCUGAAGUUCAGUGACAACCUCUCUUGCCUAAGCUUUUUCUUGAGGGCACUUGCCUCUAAGCACUUCACCCUAGAUGCCCUUAGGACUCAUGUCCUAUUGGAUUUAAAAAAAAAUGUAACCCCAGUCUCAUUAAUUUUGUUGUUGUUUUUCUUUGUCUGGUUUGUAUUUAUAAAAAUGUAUUCUUGACAUACUUGUGUAUUACCAAAAGAUUUUUAUAAUCAGUAUUUAAGACUUUAUUGAGUGAUUUCCAUUACAUAACCUAUCCCUUUUCUAAAAUUGAUUAAUAAAAGCUUAGGAAUACUUUUUCAUAAAGUGUUGCAGGAGGGCCAGUCAGCAUAUUUAAAAUGCUGGGUACAUGGAACAUUGGGCAUUUCAUGUGGCCCGUGUGCUUCUCUCCCUUUGAGAGUACGCACACAAUCUUGUGUGACACGUCUGGAGGAGAUAGACUUUGUCAGGCAUUGCUCAGGGUCUUGGGGCAAACCACUUUCACUGUUCGGGGGAGGUGAAAAUGUGUAUGUAGUUUUAUUUUAAAAAUAUUAACUGAUUUCUGAAAGAUUUUUGUUCCCUUCAUAUUUCCCUUUAUUUCAAAGAACAAAUUUAUGGGAAAAAAUACAAAUAUGGUGCUGCUGUGCUGAACGCUAACCUUUCCAUUCUAGCUAGUGUUGGUUUCCUAGGUGAUCCAAGUUGCCCUUCUUAGUCACUCCAACCUAAGUCUGUCCUUGAAGGCAAUGGGUGUCCCAUUCAGAUAUAUGGAUUUAUAAACCCGAAAAAUCUUGGAGUUUUCAUCUUUUAAUUUCACCAAGGAAAGUCAUUAAAAAAGCAAACAAAAAAUCCUACAGCUACCAUUGCCACAAAAAUCAAGCCAUUUUCACGCCCUUAAGGUACAUGGACUUGAACUUAAUAUCUGAAAGAUCUUACCAAAAAAUGACAGUUGGCAAACUUCAAUACCAAUGAGUACAUCCGACAAGUUCAUCCCUAUGUAUCCUCCUUGGUUUCACCAUACAGGUGAACAUUUCCUGGUUAGAUGACUGUGUGGGAAACCCCGAUUGCUAGAACUCUUCCAACAAUGCUCACUGUUUUUCUUUUGUCACAAAAUGUAUAAGGAGCUUGUAAAAUACCAGAGAUUUAAUGUUUAUAUUGCUUCAAACUCUAGGAGAGAAGCCUUCCUACCUCAAACUCAGAUCCCAAGAAGUAUAGUGGGUAAUCGACUGGUGAAGAAGUCUGGGUUCCUAGUUUUAAAAGGUCAAUAUGGGCAAUUAUUAAUCCUGAUUUAUAUUUAUUGAGAUAUAAAAUGCACUCAAAGUGUACAAUGCAGCAGUUUUUAGUAUAGUCACAAAGUGGUAGAACCAUCACGACUACCAACUUUUUACCCCUGCUUCCUCUUCCCCCCAAAAUACCCCUUUAUCUGUUGGCAAUAGUCCUCCCUCCAACCUCUAGCAACCACUAAUCUACUGUUUCUAAGGAUUUGCUUAUGCUGGAUAUUUUACAUAAAUGGAAUAAAAAUAUGUGGUCAUUUG